UCUCCUGCUUGUUUCUAUGGAUUUGUCACUGCUCUGCUUAGAAUGUUUCUCAGUAUGACAUUAAACAGCUCUACUUAUACUUAUUACAUUUAUUGCAGGGUUGCUGCUCCACAUAUCUGACUUAUAACUCAGUCUGGUUUGAACUCCAUGAAGAUAGAAACAUUUAAUACUGUACUGUGAAACAGUAUACAGUAGCUCCAUGGAGAAAAGCAUUUGCACCUUUAACAAAUUCAAUUGAGUUGUAUGAAGUGAUGCAAGUGAUUUGAAUAAUUUGAAUAGUUGUAUUUGAAUAGUAGUUUGACGUCCAACUAUCCUUCACUGAGCAUUUCAAGCAGGAGCAGAUAUGAGUGGGACGUGUUGCCAGGAGACUCUUCACUAUGUGUUCGAUUAUGAGACCCCCAAAACUGUGGUCAUCCCCAGUCUGCGGGUGGGCUGCGUUUUCAGAUUCACUCAACUGUUGGUAAUAUUCUACGUUGUCGUGUAUGUGUGUGUGAUACAGAAAGCCUAUCAAGAGACGGACUCCGUGCUUAGUACAGUCACCACCAAAGUCAAGGGCUUCUCUCUCACCAAUGUGUCCGAACAGGAGCCUCGUUUCUGGGAUACGGCAGACUACAUCAUCCCCCCUCAGGGAGAUGAGUCAUUUUUUGUUCUUACUAAUAUGAUAGUCACACCGGACCAGAUUCAGUCCCGCUGUCCUGAGCCUCCCAGUCCCUCUUCGGUUUGUGUGGACGACUGUGACUGCAUCGAGGGACUCAACCAUCCCAAGGGAAAUGGUAUCCAGACUGGGCUGUGUGUGAACUUCUCUGAUUCAGUCCAAACUUGUCAGGUGUUUUCAUGGUGCCCAUUGGAGUUUGACACAAAUUUGCCAAAUCCUGCUCUUUUAGCUGCGGCUGAAAACUUCACUGUGUUGAUCAAAAACACCGUGACAUAUCCAAAAUUCAAGUUUCAUCGGAGAAAUAUUCAUGUAAACUCAUCCUAUUUGAAGAGCUGUGAGUUUCACCAUAAAACAGACCCCAACUGCCCCAUUUUUCGACUCAAAUACAUAGUUUCUGAGGCAGGAGAGGACUUUCAGGAAAUGGCAGUAAAGGGUGGUGUUAUGGGUAUCCUGAUUGAUUGGAGCUGUGAUAUGGACUGGUGGUGGACAGAUAAGUGUUUCCCCAAAUAUAGCUUCAGAAGACUGGACAACAAACACAUCAUCAAUAAUGUAGCUCCUGGAUACAAUUUCAGAUUUGCCAAAUAUUACAAGUCUGCUGAUGGGGAAGAAACCAGAACACUAACUAAAGCUUAUGGCAUCCGUUUUGAUAUCAUUGUAUUUGGCACUGCAGGUAAAUUUGGGAUUGUGCCCACUAUUGUAAACCUUGGGGCAGCACUGUCUUUUCUUAGUUUGGUGCCUACGGUAGCAGACUGGUUCAUGUUGGCAUGCAGUAGUAAAAGAGAUUAUUACAGCAGACAGAAGGUCACUUAUCUGAAGGAGGAUGCAGAGGCUGAAUCUAUCUCAAUGGCCACCUACGGAACCCACUAAAGAUAUCUUGAAACCAGCACUAUAUGCCUCUGACAAGCAGCUUGCAUGUUCUCUUUUUUAUUUUGCCUUAAUUAGCUUAUACAAUUAUCAUAAAAGUAUUUUAAAACAAAUAAGGAACUGAACUAAUUUACAUAGCCUGACUUAAAGUGGAUUAAACAAUAGGAUGCAGUUAUACAUGUACAUGACCAAUAGACUCUAAGUAACAGUCUGUGUAGACCUGUGGGGGUUUAACUCUGUGGAGGUGGCAUGUCACCUGCAUGAUCCCAUAGAUAUAUUUCAGAACAUUCUCCAUGGAGAUUGAUAGGUCUUUGAUGCCUUUUAUACUAUAGUGUAAUGAUAACAUGAUACAGUGAUACAUGAUAUGAUAUAAUUAAGUAUACUAUGGAAGUACGAGGCCCACCUCCAGGGUAAGUAAGAGUAAGGCUUGUGAAGAAUGCUUUUAUUGUAGUUUUUUUUUUUUUUUUUUUUUGGCUACAAAGUUACAUAGUGUGGUUUUAAAAGGGAAUUUGUCUUUUUAAGAAUCCACUGUGUAUCUGGCAUUUUCUUAAAGUGGAAGUUAAGAAAACAUUUUCAUGAAAGAGGCCUUCAAUGAGUUGGCAAUAAAGUAAAAUGUAUUCCACUAAAUGUUUGUUUAUCCACAAUGGUUUAUUUAACCCAUGUUGAAAUGGGUGUAGUCCAUGUUCCUCUCCCUCCUUCUCUCCUCACCUUU